UGUAACGUCGAAAAAAUUUCGCGGUGUGGUGGUUUUUUGUAUGCAUUCUCUAAACUAAAUUGUAGAAAGCUACGUAAUAACUAUAGCAGAUGCCUGCGAAAGAGGCGUAUGACAUGUUCAUUCAAGAAGUUGGGUGUGUCACUAAAAUGCUCACGCCACUGUACCUAUAGAUGAUAAGAAUGGUUGUGAUGGGGGGCCGUCGUUUUGAGGGAGAGUACGUACCGCACGUGGGCGAACUUGCUAUCAACACGUUACACACUAGAGAGAGGGAGCGGUCAGUCGUUCUCCCCCUCAUUCAAAUGAAAUUUCUAAUCACCCGAGAUUAUCAUUACGAAAAAACAAAAGGUACAGUAACAGCGCAUCACAUCAAACACUCGCUCGCCCCUCGCACGCAGAUUGCUUGCAUCGGGUUUAAACCUGGUGACGCGUGGAAGCCAGACGAACGUAUAUGUACUUAUUGCUUGCGUGUUUUACCGGGUAGUGGCUAUCAAUCGGUGUAAGGACCCGUAGUGAAGGUAAGAACCCCCGACACGACGAAGCUGCUAUAGCGACAGACAGCGAGAUAUAAACCCUGACGUGAAACGCAAAUAUCGCUUUCUCAUUGUAUGACUGGAACGUGAAAUAGGAUGGAUGAGAAUAUCAAAACUCUGGAUUAUGCAACCGGACAACUGCUCACCGCAGUAAACCUGCCUUCCACACCCGCGCAGUUAGUCGGCAACGCGACAGAGCUUCCUGACAAUGUUACCCGCAAGCACGUGCUCGACCGAGACAACAUGAAAACCAAGACCACCACCACCCAGUCGCACUUCCCCGGGGGCGGUGACCUCAUGAACAUGGUCGAACGGUUGUCGGAAUUUUCUCAGCAGCAAGGAAAGAUGUACGAUAGCGAACAGUUCCAUAUAGCCAAGACUCUCACUACACACAAAGAUCGGGUUGAGAGCUUAGCUACACAGCUAGGCGAGUUGGCGUGCUCAGUGGCCGAAGCACGUGACUGUGUUGAUGACCUUGGCGGGAAACAGUUGACCGAUGACACAACCUCGACCAAAGAGAAGCCACCGUGUAUGAAUGAACCACGCGUUUGGAUGAGACAAGUAUUGACACUGCAACACAUCCAAUGCCAGUUUGAAGGGUUGUUGUCCAUUGAAAAGGCUGUAGAAGCAUACAGUCGACAUCAAGAAACCUCGAUCACACUGCUACAGGAAAAAGUGAUGGAGAUUGAGGAAGCAAACAGACGCUUAAUACCGCCUAUGACUUCUCUUAAUUGCGAGGAACAAUUAAUCGCUGAACAUCAGACAGGUGACUGAAGAACUAACACACUGUAAGCUCAUAUGGACAGUGAAUUCGUCAGCUAUAUAUAGUUGGCCAACCUACAAGAAACUAAAAUAAAC